UCACUAAAAUCAGUAAAAGAAAAAGAAAAAAAAAAGAAGAAGCGAGAGAGCAAAGUGGCCGGGAUGAGCGGAACAAACAGAAGCAGUAACAGCGUGAAUGCGGUGUUUUACGCACAAGCAUAUCAUCCCAUUCAAGCCGGCAGCAUCGAUGGCACUGACAUUCUUCCUCACGACAACGCUGUUUACAGAGCUCUUCUCUGCUCCUCCGCUGGCCUCUAUGACCCAUUUGGUGAUCCAAAAGUUGUAGGAGACCCUUAUUGCACUUUGUUUGUAGGUCAUCUCUCUCGCUCCACCACUGAAGACACCCUUUGCAAGGCUAUGAGCAGGUAUGGUAAGGUGAAGAAUCUUCGAAUAGUGAGAGACAUAGUUACCGGUGCAUCUCGGGGUUAUGCUUUUAUUGAAUAUGAAAGAGAGAAAGAAAUGAGGCAUGCAUAUGAGGAUGCACACCAUUCUUUUAUUGAUGAUUCUGAAAUCAUUGUUGAUUACAACAGACAACAACUAAUGCCUGGAUGGAUCCCAAGAAGGUUAGGAGGCGGCCUUGGUGGUAAGAAAGAAUCUGGACAACUUCGUUUUGGAGGACGAGAAAGACCAUUCCGUGCUCCACUGCGACCUAUCCCCCAUGAUGAUUUAAAAAGGCUUGGCAUUCCCCCUCCACCGGAGGGGAGAUUUAUGACACGUUUCCAGGUACCAUCACCACCUCGGAGGAAAAGAAAUUCGGAAGAGAGAGAAACAUCGCCAUUUAGGAGGAAAAGGAACUACUACGAAGAGAAGGAAACAUCGCCUCCCCAAAGGAAACGGUAUUCUGAAGAUCAGGAAACAUCAUCAUCGAGGAGGGAAAGGAACUCCAAAGAUUGGGAAACAUCAUUAUCAUUAUCAUCAUCAUCGAGGAGGGAAAGGAAUUCUGAAGACAGAGAAGAAUCUUCACCUAGGAGGAAAAGAAGCUCCCAAGACAGGGAAAGCAGAAGAGAUAAGCACUCACACAAGCACCAGAAGCAUAGAAGACACUCCAAUCAUCAUGAAAAGAGAUCAAGGAGUAGAGAAUACUGAUUUGAGUAACAUCUUCUCUGAUGUUUUCUAGAGUUUUUGCGUGUGUGUGUAUGUAUAUGUCAGGGGGAAACUCCGUUGAAGAUUGGGUGUUGAUUGUGCGUCGAUGGUGGUACUCCCCAUCUUGUUGAUUGGCCGGGAAACCAUCGGAAUCCUAUUCCUCACCUAGGCCAAAUCGAGUUUCCAAUCCAAUUUCGCCUAGACCAGAUUGUGCUCCCGAUUAUGAGGGUUUUCCCUUUUUUUUGGCUUUAAAAUUCGUUAUUAUUUGUAAAAUGAACAAAUUCGAUGAUUAAUUUGUUAAAAGAAAGUUCAUGAGAUCA